UCUUCGUGCCUGCUCGAACAUGUGGCUCACACGCAGUGUCAGUUGUCAGCUGUGCAGGCGGGGAGGCUUUGUGUUGGGAAGUUUCAGUCAGUGAGUCAGUUUAACGCGGCGCUAGGGAGGACGCCACCCAGAGCCCCGCCGCUGGAUCCUGCGCGGAGCCUCCGCCCGCUUCUCCUCCGAGGACUCUCCGCGGCACACAAAGACCAUCUCUCUCGGGAUUUGACUUGGUUCACCUUCACCCACUCUCUCUCUCUGUCUCUCUCUCACACACACACACACGGUCUCCCGCACACUCACUCGCCCCGGGGAUGGUUGCUGUCGCCGUUCGGACGCGUCUUGUUCCUCUUUGGGAUUAACGCAGCGCAGGAGGCAUGAAGGUGACGGUGUGCUUCGGGAGGACGCGGGUGGUGGUUCCGUGUGGAGAUGGCAACGUUAAAGUGCAAAGCCUCAUCGAACAAGCAGCCAUGAGGUAUAAAAAGGCCAUCGCAAAGGAGCCCAGCUACUGGGUUCAGGUCCACAGGCUGGAGCAUGGAGAUGGAGGCAUUUUGGACCUGGAUGAUAUGCUGUGUGACGUGGUAGAUGACAAGGAUAGGGUAUGGGAUUGAACGUCCGUCGAAGCAGCGACCCCUCCUUGGCUGACCUCCCUCCAGGUGAGGCCCUGGUUGGUCAAGAGGAGCCAUCCAGAAAGAAUCCAGUGCGCUGGUCCACGACUCCUGGUUUCCAGAAGUACAACGUUAAGCCAAGCCCACAGGCCGCCACAAGCACCCUACUGCAACAGGGCAGAGGGGCCCAAGCCUAUCGGAGUCUUCCUCGUGAUGCGAGUGGCUGGACUACUCAGUUUCACAGAGACAUGAUGCGCUCUUCCCUUAGUGCCAACCAUCCGAUGGUCGACCAGUGGCUUGACAAGCAGGAACAGGAGGAGGAGGAAGCAGAGCAAAGGCAAUACGAAAGGAGGAUUGAGCGAAUCGAGCCUGUAGGGAGGGCCGACUCUUCGCUGGAGCGUUCACCUGUGUUAAGUCUUGAAAGCAUGCUCAAGCCGGUCGAAGUAUCCAAUGAAGGAGGGCCUCUGGGGAUCCACGUAGUUCCUUUCAGUUCACAGGAUAUUAGGACUCAGGGCUUGCUGGUGACGCGUUUGGAGCCUGGAGGAAAAGCUGAGCACGAGCGACUCUUCCAGGAAAACGACUGCAUAGUCAGGAUUAAUCAGGGAGACAUUCGCAACCUGCGCUUUGAACAGGCUCAGAACAUUUUCAAGCAGGCCAUGCGUUCCCCGGUCAUCCUUUUCCAUGUCGUUCCUGCAUCCAUGAAGAGGCAGUAUGACAUACUGUCAGCUCACAACGAGCUCAGCCCGCCCCAGACAAGCAGGGUCCGCUUUAGCCAAGACUCUCAGCAUCCCGGGGACAGGUCAAGUCUGGAUGUUGGGCCGUCGUCCAGAGCUGGACAGCCAUGCGUCAACCACAAUCACCAGGGUCCUCUGGCAGGAAGCAGCCCAGAACCAAGUCGGCGGUAUGCUACUUUACCCCAUGCCUUACCUCACCCUUUAAUCUACAGGACCCCUUCAGCACCUUCCCCGUCGUUGCAGCGCAGAAUAAGCACAACUCCGUCCAGCAGCUCCUACCUAAAGAAAAAAGGACGCACCUUUCACAUCCAGCUGAAGAAAGGUCCAGAGGGUCUGGGAUUCAGCAUCACCUCCAGAGAUGUCCCUAUUAGUGGAAGUGCUCCCAUUUUCAUCAAAAAUAUCCUUCCUCGAGGCGCUGCCAUCCAAGACGGGCGACUGAAAGCUGGAGACCGGCUGUUGGAGGUUAGUGACGUGGACCUGCAUGGAAAGAGCCAGGAGGAAGUGGUGGCGCUGCUCCGAGCUACACCCAUGGAUGGGACGGUGGACCUGUUGGUGCUUCGUCAGGAGGACUCCCUGCUACCACGAGAAGUGAAACAGGAAGACGACACGGUGUUAACCCCAGAUGGAACACGGCAGUUUCUGACCUUUGAGAUCCCCUUGAACGACUCGGGUUCAGCGGGCUUGGGGGUCAGCGUCAAGGGGAACCGGUCCAAGGAGAACCAGGCUGACCUGGGCAUCUUUGUGAAAUCCGUGAUUAACGGAGGUGCUGCUAGCAAGGAUGGCCGUCUUCGAGUCAAUGAUCAACUUAUUGCUGUCAACGGGGAGUCACUGCUUGAGAUGACCAAUCAGGAGGCCAUGGAGGCACUUCGAAAGUCCAUGUCUGUUGAGGGCAACAAACGUGGAAUGAUUCAGCUCAUCGUGGCCCGGCGAUUGCUUAAGGACAGUGAGGAAGCCCUGGCUAGCCCAGCCAUGUCGGAGGUUGCUAUCAACACUUCUUUGGAUGACGAUGACAAUCACCCCUACCAGUCAGUUUAUGAAACCAUCGACAGCUUGGACAACACGCCUAUGGCACGCAACGGUCACUACCAGCUCUCUCCAACUGUGAACAUGCCACAAGAUGACAUAGUGAUGAUUGAGGAUGAUCGGCCGCCCCUGCUUCCUGCCCACCUGUCUGACCAGUCGUCCUCCAGUUCCCACGAUGAAAACCCGGUCCCCUGGAUCCAUGAGAUCCCCAGUCUGAAUGAAUGUUCUCUGAGUCCAGAUGCAGAACCUGAUGUUGCAUUCCAGAGGGAAGGCUUCGCCCGGCAGAGUAUGUCAGAAAAGCGCAUCAAGCAGUAUGACAGCCCGGCUCAUCUGGACAUCAUCAAGAACCGCAAGUCCAAAAGCAUGGAUCUUGGUUCUGAAGAGCAACAGGUCGAAUCUUCCUUGGAUCGAAAAAAGUCCAGCUCCCUGGAGAGUCUUCAGAAAGCUGUCACCAAAGUUCCUGUGAAUAAUGAGCUCAACGUCCAACGGAGGCAUUCAGGGAUCAUCAGGGGGCGAGGCUGCAAUGAGAGCUUCCGAGCAGCAAUAGACAAAUCAUAUAUAAAAUCUGGUGUCCUACCAAAGGAAGAGAACAGCGUUGAGACAUUGGAUGAAGACACAGAGGAGAGCUCCCGGUCCCGCUGCGAGUCCAUGUCCACCAGCGGCGAUCUGAGCCUGGGAGGCGGCCUGGCUGACGACAAACAGAAAGACGGGGCCGCGGGCGGGCUGAGGGAAAGCCAGAAGGCGGAAAAGGAGAAAGACAAGGAGAAGAACAAACCAAAGAAGGGUGUGCUGAAAGGCCUGGGUGAGAUGUUCAGAUUUGGAAAGAACAGGAGGGACGAGGACAGGGUGGAAAGAAAGAGCUCAAGAAGAUCUAAAGUUGAAGAACCACAAGGAUAUAACCAUGAGACUGUCCAAACGAACCAGGAACAGGAAAGAAUCCACCCCAAGACUGUGGACCUCCGGGAGCAGCCGGCGAAGGAGAGGGAAUACGCAGAGAUCCGCGAUGUCGUGAGCCGCACUUUCAGCUCGGACGAGGAGCACCCUUAUGCUGGCAUCGGAUCGCUGGGCUCAUCUCAAGAUGGCAUCAGUGUGGACGCAUACAGCCACCACUACCAUCUCCCCCAGAGCCCCCAGAGCCCACAGAGCCCUCAACCCAUCCCCAACGGCCCGCCUCUGGAGGCGCUGUACGCCCAGGUCAACAAGCAUCGCAACGGACGUCCUCCAGCUCCCGACAGCAGCCAGAUGGCUCCCAGCAACCAUGACCGGAUACAGCGGCUGAGGCACGAGUUCCAGCAGGCCAAGCAUGUGGAGGAGCCGGAUGAGCACCAGAGCUGCCGUAACUUCCAGCCGUCCGUGGUAAGCAACGGGGCCGAGACGCAGAGCGGACGCCAUUCUGCAACAGUUGAGCAGCAGCAGCCAGAAGACCGAGACGGCUUCCAGCAAGCAUCGAAGCAGUACGGCUCCCUGCCGCGGCCACAUCGUAAGAACCCCAGCACAGUGUCCCAGGACUCCUGGGAAAGGUCGUACCCUCACUCUGAUGGUUUCCAGACACCUAAGGAGAACCCUCGCCUCUCCGUGGGCCCGGGCUCUCGCAGCUGCUCCAUGGGAAAACAGAGCCUAAACGCUCGGGUCCUCUUAGAGACCCAGGAGUUGCUGAGGCAGGAGCAAAGACGGAGGGAACAGGAGGCCAGGAAAACCAGACCAUCUGCCGCGCUGGAAGUCCCCGGCAGCGCCACCGGCAGCGGCAGCUCCUACAACUACAGCAGAGAGCACAGCCAGGCCUCUGCCACAGGACACGUGCAGACACCACAAAGACCUAAAGGCCCCUACAGGCAGGACGUUCCCCCAUCACCGUCACAACUGGCCAAACUCGGCCACCGUCAGGGCUCAGAGAAGGGGAGGAUUUUAUAUUCCUGAGGCACAGGAUCUCAACAAGCAUUUACAUUGCAAAAACACAGUAAAGUCUGUUUUUAAUACGUUGGUAAAAAAAAUAUAUUUUUUUUAUUCAUCGGUUGUUUUAAAUGU